UCCUUUAGUGUUUAUAUUGUCAUGUUUUAUGGAAAAUUUGGAAAAUUGAAAAUAUAAAUUAAUUUUACCAGAAAAUUGAAAUAAUUUCUAGGAGAAAUUAAAAGAAUGCUAUUUAAAAAAUUGGUGUACUGGAUAUAUCUCAAGUUGAUUACAAUUUAUUAAUAUGGAAGAUCCUUCGAAAGUUGAUUACACGCUAAUGAAGAUGUUGCUAUCUGCGCCAGUUUCAAAUACAUUUGAGAAUACAGCGGCCUCAUCACCGCCUUUAAAUUUGGGACCGCUUUACGUAUCGAAUACAACAAGUGUACCUAGUCCUAUGAGUGACAUGGGGGAUGAUAGUCAACAAAAACUUGCUACAUAUUUUCAGCAAAUUACAGGAUCAGCAGAUACUGAAGUAGAUGUGGUACAGUUAGAUCAUUGUUACUCUAAACCAUGGAAUUGGAGACAGGAAACAAGUUUUAUGCGUCCAAGUAAAACUUUAUUUAUCAAUAAUAAAAUACAAUCACAAGACGUACCAAUUUUGAGCCCACCUUUAGAAGACGAAGAUGGAGAACUUGAUGUGGUGGAUAGUCCUGCGAAUCCUGUACCAAUUUAUGAUAUUGAACGUGCGAAACGACAAAUGGAUGAAUGUGAAAUUCAUUCAAAAGCUGCGCGAUUAAACGACAAUGAUGAAUGGGAAGAUACCAUAAAUAAAGAUUCUUGGACAUCAUCACAGCAUCGUUUAUUUAAUAAAAUGUUAAGAAUUUUACAAAAUGAUCGAUUAGGACGAUUAGUAUAUUCAAACUCUUGGAAUGAACCAGUUUUAAGACGUGCCGUUAUUGAUAAAUCAGCUAAACGAGCUCGAUACCUUUUAUCAUCAAUAUAUUGGGAACAAAAAUUAACUCAAUGGCUACAUAAUUUACUUGUGGAAAAUUUAAGCGGAGCAUAUUUAACUUGUUAUCUCGAUAUUUUACAGACUUUAAAAUCAAAAAUACCAACUUUAGUAGAUAAAAUGAUGUUUGGGCCGAACUCAUCAACAAAAGUUGGUUUAACAAGUAACGAAAAUCUCUUUCCUUUAUUAAAACGAUCAUGGGAUCCUGUUGCCCAAACUUUGACUCAACAUAAAUCGAAAAAAUUACCAGGAAAUCCAAUAAUUAUUAUUGUACCAUCGUCUCCAAAUUUCCGUACUAGCCAAUCAAAACGUUUACAUAAUUGGGUCACUUCAUUUAGUCACUUAGGAACUGUUGUUGUGGUUCAUACAAGUUUAGGAAAUGCUGGAAGUCGGAUGACAAUGACCAAUUGUUUAGAUCAAAUGAUUGUUGCGACUCGAGCAAAAUUACAAGAAGUCCGUUCUGAUUGUCCAGGUCGUCCGAUUAUAUUAGUAGGUUUUAAUACUGGUGGUGCACUUGCAUGCCAAAUUGCAGAAAUGGAAUCUGUUAGUGCAGUAGUAAGUUUGGGAUUUCCAUUACUAACAGUUGAUGGAGUUAGAGGGGAACCCGAUGAUAUGCUUAUGGAACUGCAGGUACCAGUUCUGUUUGUUAUUGGUCAGUGUGCUUUAACUGCUUCACCUGCAGAAAUAGAAUAUCUUAGAGAACACAUGCGUGUUGAAACUGGACUAGUAAUAGUGGGUAGUGCGGAUGAUUAUUUAAGAGUUUCAAUGAAGAAAAGGAAAAUGGAUGGGAUCACACAAAGUAUGGUUGAUAGGUGUAUUGUGGAUGAAGUAGGUGAUUUUAUUGGUAGUUUACUUAUUUCACCAUAUCCACCACAAUUACGUCAAUCACCUGUAUAUAAUCAAACUGUAUCAACAACAGAACAAACUGUAAAAAGAAAAACCGCUGUAAAGAGACGAACUUCAACAGGAAGUGAAACUGUAGAUAGUGAACCACCAUCUCCACAACCGAAAAAAAUAACUAGACCGGUUGGUAGACCACCAAAAGAUGGAAAAUAUUCACGAGUUCAAAAAAUGAAAAUGUCAGCAGCUGCGUAUCAACAAGAUACAAGUCAAAUGAAUGCAUUACACAGUACGGAUGGUAACAAUCCAAGUGGUGGCAAUUUAACCGGUACUAUACCUGAUCCAAAUAGGCCUAUAGCACGACAAACGAAUCAAUCCAUACAAUCAAAUACAAACUUUAAAAAUGUACCAAAAGUAAUGAGUAAUAAUCCCAUUGUUCGGACUGUUGGAAAGAUUUUAUCUACAGCAGAUGCAUUACGCAAUAGCAACAGUAUUGAUGUUGUAAAUGAGGCUGUUGCAAAUAUUUUACCACCGGCUUCGUCAAUAUCAGAUUUUUCAGGUGGAAAUCAAACAAAAUCUACAAUGGCAACUAAACAUGUGCCAUCAAGCACUAGUCAACUAUCGAACUUAUUAAAUGGAUCAAAUCAGGGUCGGUUUCAUAUUCCAAAAACUAUGCAACCAAAUCACAAUAACCCAAAAUCAAAUUCCUUUAAUUCUGGUAUCAAAGGUAAAAGUGAAUUCAAGUUGCUUGAAAAUAUAACGCUGCCGUCAUCUACGAAAUUUUUAACAGCAGAUAAAAUGGUGGUUUUAGGGGACAAUAAUACGCUGAGCGGUGUCAGUGGGGAUUCAUCAACUUAUGUGACAACAAUCAAAGGCUUAAAUAAUAUGCAAACAUCUGUGUCUGGAACAAUUGGAGGAUAUAAAAAUCCAUCAAAAUCAAUCAUGACAAAUUCAAUGGAUUCAAAAACACAAGUAAAAUAUAUUUCAAAAUCAGCGGUAAUACGAUCACCAAUGAUGGGUGCGCCACGUAAACAUGUAUAUACAACAAAUUCACGUUUACGAUCCCCAUUAACGGUAAAAACAUCAUCAGUAAGUGAAGCUGUGAUACCGGGUCCAGCGGAUUUAUCUGGUACUAAUAUUUUAGAUAUUCCUAUCAUUUUUGCUGAUAAUGAUGGAACAUUAUUACCUAGUGAAAAUUUAACAACACCAAUUAUUCCUCAAAAUCCUGUUGUAUCUACCAUAAAUCCUCCAAUUGUUGUAACCACAAAACCAACUGUUAAUAAAGUAGUUUUAAUUAAUAAACCAACCAAUAUUCCUCAACAAAAACAGGUCCUUCAAAACCAACAGCAGCAACAAUUACAAACCCAACAGAUUUAUGAAACACAAAUUCAACAAACAAAACCUAAAACAAUUUUAACUACAUCCAAAUCUCCAGGUCCCGUCAUUUCCUCUGUUCCACCAUUAAAAUAUACUAAAAUUAUUUUAGCUAAAAGAUCGACUGGAAAUGAAAUUAUUCGUUCAAAUGUAGUAGCAUCAACGGCUACGGCUACUAUUGCACAACAAAAUGUUACGUAUAGUGCGUGUCCUCCACCACCACAUUCAUCUUCCUCGUCGUCAUCGUCCCCACAACCAUUUACAAAAAUGGCUGAUAUACCAUUUGAAAGUGUUGAUGUGGAGCAACAAAUAAAAGCUAGUACACUAGCUAAACCUAUACAAACAGCAGUUGUAAAUGCUCAAACUAUAAAAAAUAAACCAGAAUUAAAAACAUUUACAUUAACACCGUUUCGUGGUAAUACAUCGACAACACCUAGAAUUUUGAAUAAAUUUUCAAAUGUGAAACAAAAUAUAAACACUAGUACUGCAACAAUUAUUACUAAUAAGAAUAUAGUGACAUCUGUUGCUAAUAAAAUUGUACCAUCACCGUCGGCGUCAUCCACUUUACAGGCUCAGGCUCAGCAAAUUGAAGAACCAAUGGAAAUAGAUGAAUAGUUUAUUAUUAAUUUGUUUAUUAUUAAGUUAUGUUAUGUAAAUAA